UCGCUAGCGCUUCGUACGUACGAUUUAGUUUAGAAUCUACGAGUGACACCAACAACAUGCUACGUUUGUCAACGUUUUGCAUGUUACUGUCAAUAGCAGUUGCUCAAAGUGGAUAUGAAUAUAACAAACCAAAUAAACCAUACAGUCCCUCGACGCCAUCUAGUGUCCCCGGUUACCAACCAGGGCUGACAAGUGGAUAUCCUGGGACACAAGCCUCUCCAUCAUACCCGAAUACGCCCCAGCAAAAUGAAUAUUCCGGAGUCGGUUCGGGAACAACACCAAGUUUCCCAUCUGGGCCUUCAAGCUAUCCUUCAAAUAAUCAAGGCUACAAUCGGCCAUCAACUACCUAUCCUGGCCAGUCUUAUCCAGGACAAAGUCCAGGUGGACCAACGGGUCCUUCUGGCGUUCCAGGUCAGGGUUCAAGUUAUCCUGGACAAAAGUACCCAGGACAGGGUUCAAAUUAUCCUGGACAAAACAACGCAGGGCAAGGUUCGAAUUAUCCAGGACAAAACUAUCCAGGACAAGGACAAAAUACUGGACGACCAGGAUUUGGACAAGGUACGACCGGCUCCAGACCAGGCACAUCCAAUUUUGGCACAGAUGAUAAUAGUGGUACUGAAGGCGGAGAUUAUUCAGCCAUACCCGGUGAGCCCGAUAGAGAUUAUCCUAUUCUUUCAAUCGUCCCCGAAACAUCGUUCAGGUGUGACGCUCAGCCUUAUCCAGGCUAUUACGCCGAUGUCGAAACUCGAUGCCAAGUUUUUCAUGUUUGUGCCAAUAAUAUAACUUACGACUUUCUAUGUCCUAAUGGAACAAUAUUUUCUCAAGAGUAUUUCGUCUGCGUCUGGUGGAAUCAAUUUGACUGUAACUCUGCCCCAAGUUUUUAUGGAUUGAAUGCAAAUCUAUAUGAUUAUUCCAUAAUGGGAUCCCAAUACCCUGAUCAUGGUGGAAUCCCUCAAGGCCCUCAAGGCUCCUACCCUGGCAGUUCUGGACCACAAGGUCCAUCAACAACCUAUCCAGGAAGCACAGGACCUCAAGGUUCUUAUCCCGGUAGUACAGGAACACAUGGGCCGUCAUCAAGCUAUCCAGGUAGCUCAGGUCCGCAAGGGCCAGUAUCUGGUUACCCCGGCAGCACAGGUCCACAGCGUCCAUCAGCGGGUUUCCCUGGAACUCAAGGAUCUCAAAAGACAAGUUAUCCAGGAUCUUAUCCUGGCGGCCCUGGAACUCAACGACCAGGAUCUUAUCCUAGCAGUCAAGCACCACAACAGCCCGGCUAUUAUCCUAGCGGUCCUGGAACACAACCAUCGGGUACAUACCCUGGCAGCCCGGGUGCGCAACGACCUGGAUCUUAUCCUAGCAGUCCUGGUGCUCAGCAACCGGGUUCUUACCCUAACAGACCUGGAGCACAACAACCUGGAACUCGUCCUAGUGGCCCUGGAUCUCAACAAACAUCGUAUUAUCCUAGCGGUCCAGGAUCACAACAACCUGGAUCUUUCCCUACCAGCCCAGGAUCGUACCCUACAGGAAAACCCUCUGGUCCCUCCGGCUCAUAUCCAGGAACAUAUCCUACACAGGGAUCCCAAGGUCCGAGCUCAACAAACUAUCCAGGAUCUCAAAGCACAACUGGUUAUCCUGGAUCAGGUAAUAACCAAGGUUAUCCGUCAGGAAAACCUUCUGGACCUAGCUUCCCACCUGGUACUGGAAGACCUCAAGGACCAAGCGAUAAUAAUUAUCCAAGUCCUCAACCUAAUAGAGAAUACCUCCCACCUAGAAACUGAACACUUGGAUCUAAAUACUGAAAGACUUAGACUUAUUCAUUAGUUUAUGUUUCCAAAAUGCCACUAAUAUUAUUAAUUAAUUAUGCAUGUUUGAAAAACUAUAAGAGAAAACGUUGACAAAUGUGAAUGUUGGUGUAAAAAUUCUGUAUCGCUUAGUCUAUAAUAUAUAUAUAAAGGCCUGGACUUAGAGACCCAAAGCGCCUGAGCACUUUGACAUUUUUGGGGCUGGUGCCUUGUAAGCCUAGGCAAAAAUCCGGGGCAGUAUAUAUAUGUCUAUUUUUAUUCACUUUACUUAAAACUGUACCUUUAGAAGAAUGGCUAUGAAUUGAACAUUGUAACGUAUAUUUUGAAUUCGCAUAAACGUAUAUUUUACUUUACAAC